GAGUGUUGUGGAUUGUUGACAAUUGUCCAUCCUUUCAUCUGAGUGUGUCCAUCCCGUGGAUCCGGUCCUUCCAUCCAUCUAUCUAGAGGCCCUCUAUAUCCAUCCAUCUAUCUAGAGGCCCUCUAUAUCCAUCCAUCAUCGAUCGGUCCGCGAAUUAAGCCCCUACGAUCAAGAUGAACGUGCAAGAAGGUCGCGAGUUGUUGCGGUCCUGGCGUGAGGACAACGUGCGUCGGAGCAUGGAUGUGGUGGAUUUGUGGGACUCGUUAUUGUCCCAAGAUCCAGAAGCCCUGGGCGACGAGAAAUGGAUGGUACUGGAGCAAGUGGCUGUGGCCGCCAUGGACGUCCAACGUCGGGAUGUGGUCGAGCGAUGCCUGAAGCGAUUAAAGGCCGAAUUCGACUUGGAUUCAAUCCGGGUGCGGCGAUUGUACGGCAUGCGCCACGAAAUGAUGGGUGACUGGGAGAGCGCCCUCAAGUUGUACGACACCAUCUUGGAGGAGGACUCGGCCAAUAGCUCGGCCCGCAAGCGCAAGAUCGCCAUCCACCGGGCCAAAGGCGAGCGGCCCCAAGCCAUUGGUGAACUCAGUCGCUAUCUCAAUGACUUCUUGUGUGACACGGAGGCUUGGAUGGAAUUGUGCGAUCUCUAUCUGGAGGAACGAGACUACGCUAAGGCCGCCUAUUGUUGCGAAGAACUCAUUCUUCAUAAUCCCAAUAAUCAUAUCUACUUCCAAAGAUAUGCCGAGAUCAAAUACACCCAAGGUGGGAUGGACAACAUUGAGAUGGCCAAGACUUACUACGCCAAAACCUUGAGCUUGAAUCCGGAUAAUAUUCGCGCACUGUAUGGCAUUUUACUGGCCUCGUUUCAGUUGGCUUCAUCGAACAAAAUGCCCGCUCCAAAGAAACAAGAAUUCAUGAAAAUGGUCAUGUGGAGUUCAAAGCAAAUUCAGAAAAGAUACCAGACGAAGAAUGCUCCAAUUGACCCGUCUAGAUUCAUUCAAGCGUUCGUAAGCCAACCCCCCAAUGGUCAAUCCGGAGCCUCAUCAUGAGCCAUAUUCCAUCGUUUCGAACGCUCUACGUCUGCAUGUGUUUUUUGUAUAUGAUUCGAGUGAUUUGUCCUCGCCUGAAUGAACACACAUGCAUUUCGAUGAUUCUAGUUUGUACUUUUCAAAUAUAGAUACCAAGGUUGAAAAGUCGAA